AUGAACCUUCUCAUUUGCCUCGUGCUCGCUGCUGUCGCAACGACGACGACUUACGGACAAGCUCCAGAAGUGGCGGAGGGACAUCUGAACGAACUGGCGGAUGGAGUUCGAGUCCUAUCGGACAUUCUCACCCACAAGAGCAACCGGGAGUUCUUGGGACCUCUACUAAGCCUCGCACCUCAUCCCUUGAAUCCCAUCCGAGCUUCUUCUGCUACUUCCAUUGGGGCAUAA